AUGCAAGAUGAUUCAUCACAGAGUCCUGAAGAAGAGCCCACUGAAAACCUCAGAAUCACGUUGAAGCUAAACCCAUAUGCAAAGACCAUGCACCAAAAUACCAUUCUCUGCCAGUCUAGGAAUCACAAACUCCAGAAGGCUAAGGCGACUGUAGCACAGGAGGCCAAAUCACUUAAGAAGGGGCUUCCUCCAAGCAAGAAGCCUGUGGUAGGGAAGAAAGGAGGGAAGAAAGCUGCUGUUGAUGUGAAGAAGAAGCCCAAGAAGCCUGUAGUGGGAAAGAAGGCUGCAGCCACCAAGAAACCAGCAGGGGAGAAGCAACAGCCAGUAGAAAAGAAACCUGCCCUAGAGGAGAAGUCUGCAGCAUAA